GACCUCCUAACGGAUGGCGAAUGGCGGGAGAGCAUGGCCAGGGCUUUAGCGCAGGGCGCGGCCAUUGGUGACGCAUGCCAGGGAGCCGGCGCCCGCGAUUCCACCAUUAGCGAGGCCUCACACCCAGCGCUUCAAGUUCGGGGCUGGAGGCGUCCCCGCUUCCUCCUCUAGGAGGCGGGUUGGCCCCGCCCCUGCGCCCCGGGUCGCUUGCCCGCGGCCCCGCCCACCUCCUACUCCUGGCCUCCCCCGGCGCAGCGCACUCCCCGCCGGCCCGCAGCCUGACACGCCGCGCGGUCCCUCAGUCUCCCGCGGUCGCCUCCCCAGGCAUGGCACAGGGCCUCGCCACACUAUGGCAGCAGCAAGACACAGCACGCUCGACUUCACGCUCGGCGCCAAAGUUGAUGGUGAGGCCAUUCUGAAAGGCCUUCAGUCCAUUUUUCAGGAGCAGGGGAUGGCAGAGUCAGUGCACACCUGGCAGGACCAUGGAUAUUUAGCAACUUACACUAACAAGAAUGGCAGCUUUGCCAAUUUGAGAAUUUAUCCACAUGGAUUGGUGUUGCUGGACCUUCAGAGUUACGACAGUGAUGUGCAAGGCAAACAAGAAACUGACAGCCUUUUGAACAAAAUAGAAGAAAAAAUGAAAGAAUUGAGUCAAGACAGUACUGGGCGGGUGAAGCGAUUACCACCCAUAGUUCGAGGUGGGGCCAUUGACAGAUACUGGCCUACUGCAGAUGGGCGCCUGGUUGAGUAUGACAUAGAUGAAGUGGUGUAUGAUGAAGAUUCACCUUAUCAGAACAUUAAAAUUCUACACUCAAAACAGUUUGGGAAUAUUCUCAUCCUUAGCGGGGAUGUUAAUUUGGCAGAGAGUGACUUGGCAUAUACCCGGGCCAUCAUGGGCAGUGGUAAAGAAGACUACACUGGCAAAGAUGUACUGAUUCUGGGAGGUGGCGAUGGAGGCAUAUUAUGUGAAAUUGUCAAACUGAAACCAAAGAUGGUCACUAUGGUAGAAAUUGACCAAAUGGUAAUUGAUGGAUGUAAGAAAUACAUGCGGAGAACAUGUGGAGAUGUCUUAGACAAUCUUAAAGGAGACUGCUAUCAGGUUCUUAUAGAAGACUGUAUCCCAGUACUGAAGAGAUAUGCCAAAGAAGGGAGAGAAUUUGAUUAUGUGAUUAAUGAUUUGACAGCUGUCCCUAUCUCUACAUCUCCAGAAGAAGAUUCUACAUGGGAGUUCCUCCGACUGAUUCUCGACCUUUCAAUGAAGGUUCUGAAACAGGAUGGAAAAUACUUCACGCAGGGGAACUGUGUCAACUUGACUGAAGCCCUGUCGCUCUAUGAAGAACAGCUGGGGCGGCUGUAUUGUCCUGUGGAAUUCUCAAAAGAGAUUGUCUGUGUCCCUUCAUACUUGGAAUUGUGGGUGUUUUACACUGUUUGGAAGAAAGCUAAGCCUUAAAGAUGAGCAUCCCCUGAAUGACGUGUGC